AGUAAGAAAUAUCAAAACAGAACAUAAAAAAUGUUAAAUAGUAGUAAUAUAUAAAUUUUAUCGAACGAUAAAUUAUAUUGUAUUGUAUUGUAUUUAUAAUUAUUUAUAUAUUGUCAAUUGUUUACGUAUUGUAACAAAUCAAGAAUGCGUUUAAAUGAAAAUGUUAAGAUUGUUGGAAAUAAGGUGGUGUUAGUACCAUACGAAACAAAACACGUUCCCAAAUAUCAUGAAUGGAUGCAAUCCUCUGAAUUACAAAAGUUAACAGCAUCGGAACCUCUAACACUCGAAGAGGAAUAUGAAAUGCAGCAAAGUUGGCGUGAAGAUGAAGAUAAGUGUACUUUUCUUAUACUUGGAAAAGAACAAUACAACGAGACCGGCGAAGAGAUAGCAUCUCUAAUAGGUGAUACAAAUCUAUUCUUGCGCAUUGAUGAUGAAGCAACUGUGUCGGACUACACAAUAGCUGAAGCUGAAAUAAUGAUAGCGGAGAGCAGCUCAAGAGGAAAAGGUUACGGUUGGGAAGCUAUGUUAUUGAUGCUGAAAUAUGCUCAAACCAAUUUAAAUGUUCAAAAAUUCGAAGUUAAAGUUAAUAUAGCCAAUACACAAUCCCUAAACAUGUUUACGAAAAUGCAUUUUAACGAGGUUUGCAGAUCAGCUGUCUUCGAGGAAGUGACGUUGGAAUGUAAUAUUACAAAGGAAUGGAUAAAGUGGUUAGAUAAUCAAGUAAACCCACAGUAUACAAUAUAUCGGUAAACAGAAACAACUAUUUAAAUUGUAAAACUUUUAUUUUUAUGUAUAUAUUUAAUAAA